CAUUCAUCAAUUACAACAAUGGCUUCUUUGUCUCAACACAAAACUUCCCUUCUUGCCAUACUGUUCUUCUUCUCAUCCUUCACUUUCAUUGCUCAUGCUAUUGUUCCUAAAAAUGAAACCUUUAAAUUUGUUAACUCCGGUGAAUUUGGGCCCUUUAUUGUUGAGUAUGGUGCUGAUUACCGAAUGAUAAGCAUUUUCAACUCUCCAUUCCAAGUUGGUUUCUACAACACUACACCAAAUGCCUUCACUUUGGCUCUACGUGUGGGACUUCAACGCUCGGAGCAACUGUUCCGUUGGGUGUGGGAAGCCAAUAGAGGCAACCCGGUUGGAGAAAAUGCCACCUUUUCACUUGGGGUUGAUGGGAACCUUGUGUUGGCUCAUGCUGAUGGUAGAAUUGCUUGGCAAACCAACACUGCCAACAAGGGUGUUGUGGCCUUUAGGUUGCUUCCAAAUGGUAACAUGGUGCUCCUCGAUGCACAGGGUAACUUUGUUUGGCAAAGUUUUGACCAUCCUACGGAUACCCUUUUGGUGGGUCAGUAUCUUAGAGCUAAAGGCCCAUCCAAGUUGGUUAGUAGGCUUUCAGAGAAGGAAAAUGUAGACGGGCCUUAUAGUUUGGUGUUGGAGCCUAAAGGGUUGGCUUUGUACUAUAAGAGCAAGAACUCUCCCAGGCCAAUUCUCUAUUGGUUUUCAUCUGAUUGGUUCUCUAUUCAACAAGGGUCCUUAGAAAAUGCAACACUCACAUCUGAUCCAGAAAGUUUUGAAAUCGGAUUUGAUUAUCAUGUGGCCAACCCUUCCUCGAGCGGCAAUAGAAUUAUUGCUAGGCCAGUGAAUAAUAGCACUUUAACAUAUCUUAGGCUUGGAAUUGAUGGCAACAUUAAGAUGCACACUUACUUCCUUGAUGUGCGUGAUGGUGUUUGGCAGGUAACCUACACUCUCUUUGAAAGAGAUUCUGAUGAAAGUGAGUGCCAAUUGCCAGAGAGAUGUGGGAAAUUUGGGCUCUGUGAGGACAACCAAUGUGUGGCUUGCCCAUUGGAAAAUGGGCUUUUUGGGUGGAGCAACAAUUGCACUGCCAAGCCUGUGACAUCUUGCAAGGCUAGUGAUUUCCACUACUACAAACUUGAAGGAGUUGAGCAUUACAUGAGCAAAUACACUGUGGGGGAUAGAGUAAGUGAAAGUAAUUGUGGAACAAAGUGUACCAAGGAUUGCAAGUGUGUUGGCUAUUUCUACCACAGAGAGAACUCAAGGUGUUGGAUAGCUUACGAUCUUCAAACACUUACUAGAGUGGCUAAUUCCACACAUGUGGGGUAUAUUAAGGUGCCUAAUUAGUAAAUAGAGAAGCAUAAUCCUUGGGAAACCUUGAUAUUGCAGUUUGUAUGCAGUUACCACUUUAAUUAAUUCCUAAUAAUGGUGAGAUUGCAAUAAAAUUGCUGUUUGUUUUCUCGUGUGGACAUGGAUGUAUAAUAAACUAAGAAGUUCGCAAUAAAUUUAUUAUUGGUUUGGAUUAAAAGUACAAUUUAUAUUUUUUCUCUUUUUUCAGUUUCCUUGGCAUUUGAUUAACUUGGUAAGACAUAGCUUAAGAUUGUUUGUUUAUAAAUUGUCCUUAGUAGGAUAAAUGAAUUCAAUUGUAAUCGAACAAUCUUUCAAGGUUGAACUUUAUUAUCUGUGAUUAUAAUGUUGGUGAGGGAAAACUAUAUCACAUAGAUGAACGAAGGACAGAAUAUGAUUAUGCUUCAAGUUUAAGAUGGUCACGGAAAAGGAACAACUUCCUUAUCAGAAUUUUGCAAAGAGGUUGAAUAGGAACGUAGAAUUUUUCAACUUCCGAGAGGAACUGGCAAUGCAGAGAAAUGUCAAUUUCUUUUAGAGUUUAGAGGGCCCCUUUGAUUCUCUUACAAGUUUCAAUUUAAAAUUUAAGCUUGUUUACUAAUGUGUAGCAUUUUAGCAUAUAAAUAAGUAAUUUUUUAGGAUUAAUUAUAUUUUUAAUCUAUAUAAACAUAACUAAAUU